CUGCCAAUUACUAAAGAAUGUCGUAGUGUAUAACUCUUUUGAGAAAAAUUAUACGAUAAAUCAUGCUUAUCUUAUUGAUCAGUUUUCAGUGAUGGGACUGGUGACAAUGUUCUCCCAGGUUACGGACAGGUCUUUAGCAAACUAUUUGGCUUUAAGAUUUUUCCUAAACCAUCUUGAUGACUUGAAUCUUUAUUUUCGACUUAUAUCCUUAAGAAGUGGGAGUACUCGGCCUACUUUAUUUGGGUAUGAAACAGAACAACUUCGAUGGAAGCAAUGUGCUGGUUGGUUAAUGAGCAAUUUAUUCUUUCCUUUGGGACAGGUAUAUGCUUUAAAAAGGAUUUCACCAAAGCAAAUGAGGGGCAUACGUUAUAUCUUCAGAACUCUUAUUUUAACAUCAGCUAAAUCAGCAAUGAAACAAAACUGGAUGCCAGAAAGAACGCGGAUACAGUUAAACUCUUCUUUGAGGAAAAUAAAGAAUCUGAUAGAGCAGUACAUGUCAGAACUUACUGAUACAAGAUUCGACUUCAUCAUGAAAAAAUUCGAGCCAGUAAGAGACAGUUUUUUCCUAAAUGUAAUGAAACACCAAAGAAAUGUUUUUUACAUCCACUUUUUAGAAUCAAACGCAAUUGCAGAUAUAGAAUACCCUAUCGAUGUCUUCGAUACUAAUGCCAAGCAUGUAUCUGGCUCUAUUGGUCUUAAGUUUGGUCUUUUAUUGCCUCCAGUUUAUCAGCUAGGCAGAUCAAGUUUGUUGAAUCUUGUCACGCUAGGUCACACAAUAGGUCACGAAAUUGGUCAUGAAAUCGAAGCAUUUUUUCACGGAGAAGACUUGGAUAAUGAAACAAUUCAAACUUUUAUCUCAAGGAAAAAAUGUCUACAAGAACAGUACUCGGAUUUUAAAUUAGAAAAAAUCGAAAUGAAAGUAAAUGGAUACAGAACUUUCUCAGAAAAUUUCGCAGAUUUAAUAGCCACACAACUCGUAGAAAGGGUAAUUGAUGAAAUUCAAAAUUUCGAUUUUGAACUACCCGCUUUGAACUUCACGGCUAAGCAGUUGACGUAUAUCUUAAUAACCCAAAUGUGGUGUUCAGCUAGCAGUAAGGAAAUGGAGCAAUUCGAAUAUGAUAACGAUGCCCAUGCUGCCGCAUAUGUAAGGAUCAAUGGAAUCAUGAAAAAUGCGAAAGGUUUUUCUGAAGCUUUCAACUGCUCGAAUGGAAGUCUUAUGAAUCCAAGGAAAAAAUGUUUCUUUUUUGAUUAAUUCCAAAAAAUGUAAAUAAAAAAUAUACAUAUUU